GGGUGGAGUUAGAAAGUGAACGAGUGCUGCCUACCAAACACAGACAGGAGAAGGAGGAGAGCAAGAGAGAGAGGGGAGAGACGGGUGGGCAGGCUGCUCACCGUAAGCGAUGGUUGUCGGAAAGAGUCUUGAAGACCUAAUGAAACUGGCUGGUUGAAUUGUUCGCAGCGAUUAGAGAGAUCAGUGAGCGGGGCGUGCUUUGCAUCUCUCGGAUCCUUGGAAGGGGGAGAAAAAGAAGCUGCAGCAGCACACUGAUAACAAGAACAGUUAAGAAGGGGAAGAAGAAGAAGAAUAGGACUUGUUUUAGAUUGGCCGUUUUUUUUCCAUGCGUAUUUUUCCCUCUGUGAGCCUUUUCACAUCGGCAGCUCACAACUCUUUUGCAUCGCACCGGACUGUUUUACGCACCGGGGGAACACCGACCUCCCGCUUGGACCCGGUACCGUCCUCCAACACUCAUCUGGCGGGCUUGGAAGCUGCAGAUCCCGGCAUUUGCUGGGAUGUUUGAGUCGUGUUGUUUGGUGGGGUGAAGGGACCGAGAGAGUGGCCGGAGAGACCGAAGGGACGCAGGCCGAGAGAGGAGCCGGGAGCAUGGCUCUGAUAGCGCUGUCUCUCUGGGUGCUAACGAGUCUCACCUGGGUGAACCUGCUCCAGGUGUCAGCCAACAGGCACUCCGUUUACUGGAACAGCUCUAACAUACAUCUGCGUAGGGAGGGCUACACGAUGCAGGUGAACGUCAACGACUACCUGGACAUCUACUGCCCUCAUUACAACGACAGCCAGCGCAUGGUGGGCACCGGGGAGCAGUACAUCCUCUACAUGGUCAGCUACCGUGGUUACAGGAACUGUGACCCCCAGCUGGGUUUCAAGAGAUGGGAGUGCAACCGGCCCCACGCUCCACACGCGCCCAUCAAGUUCUCCGAGAAGUUCCAGCGCUACAGCGCCUUCUCGCUGGGCUACGAGUUCCACGUCGGCCAGGAGUAUUACUACAUCUCCACGCCCACUCAUCACCACGGACGCAGCUGUCUGAGACUACGAGUGUACGUCUGCUGUUCCACAGCCUCUGACGCGGAUGACGAGCCGGGGCCUACAGAACCAGACUACACACUCAGACCAGGCCUAAAAAUUGAUGAUAUUGAUGAGUUUAACCCUUUUGUUCCGAAGCUGGAGAAGAGCGUCAGCGGAAGCAGCCCGUCCAGGGAUCGCCUUCUCCUCACCGUGACGAUGCUCUUUCUGGCCGCUCUCUUCAUCUCCUAGCAACGGCCAUCCCAUCAGCAUCACCAUGCCAACUAGCCUUGGGAGGGUGUACAGUAUCAGCGGGCGGGAGAGUGAGGAGAGGGUCAGGAGGGGAGGGGAGAAGGGAUAAGUAGAGCAGAAAGAGGAGCAAGACUUUGAAAUUAGAGUUUUCAAACAUCACAUUUGUGUGCGUCUGUGUGUGUGUGUGUAUGUUUGUACGGCGAUGUGGGGGAGUGUGGGUUUUGGUGGAGUUCAAAGACCUCCAGGCGCUUGGUGACACAGACUGAACCCUGUAUUGUAUUGAAGUCAGUCUGUGUUCACAGGUGCAGGUGAGGUAGACCGCAUGAGUGUGCGUCUGUGUGCGUCUGCAUGUGUGUUUGAGCAAGCCAUGGGUUGAGCUUGUUGAAUCAUGCACACCACAAAAAGCAUUUAUACGACAGGAGAGGAGGGCUGGAACAUCUAAUAAAAAGAAGAAAUCCAACAACCCAAUUGGAAACUAUUUGAGGACUCCCUUGGAUCUGAUUGGCUGUCACACUUCCUUAGGGCUAGUUGCCAUAGUUUCUUGCAAAAAGACUUAAACUGAACUCAAAUGAACUGAAUCAAAUAGAUUUCAGCAGAAUUGAACUGAAAUUGCCUUUUUUGUUGUUCUUGUUGUUGUUGAUCUCGAUGCUGGGAACUUGUCCCAGUCCACGGAGGAAAAAAAAAAAAAAAAGGAAGCGGGUGACGAACUACGCUACGCUUCCCUGUGUAGGAGACUAGUUAAAGUAGCUGAUAGUUUAUACACAAACACACCUUUGGACCCAAGAUUCCAGUGUUUUAGUUGCCAUCUCCACUACAGUAUGUCGUGUCAUCCUAUGUUCACCAUCGCGUCUCCAAGAGGCAACAAGGCUGGAGUUAAGGGGUUAGAGGAAAAUACAGAGCAUUUAAAUGAUGAAUCACUUAAGUAUCAUUAUGUGGGAAAAAGGAAUGGGGAACGAACUUAAACGUGCCAUUGACGGAUGUUGCAGGGGUUUGUUGGCGUUAUACAUCGCUGUGUGACUUUUCCGUCCUGUCCUUGAAGUACACCCGCUCGGUUCUCUGUCAUCUCAGAGUUUAAGCACACGAUGGCUACGGAGCAGCCGUGGAUACACUCAGCAAUACUACCCUCCUCACCAUGGAGGAAGAGGAGCACGGGCAAAAGAAGAAGGACUGUCACUCACACAAGCAUCUCUGAACAUGUCCCGUCCCGGAUCAUACUGCGACUCGUGUCUGUUGGUUCAGCCGCCAGCUCCACCAACCUCAUUCUCUGUAAACUCAUAUGUCAGAUGCCACAUGUAAACAGUUUUCUGUUGCAGUGCGAGUGUGUCUAUGUGUGCCUGAAAAACAUGUCUGAGUGUGCGUUUGAGAGAAAAGGUUUUAAAUGGUACUAACAGCCGGAAAAUACAUCCACAUACUGUAUGUCUUAUAAGUAUGAAAAUGCAAAAUAAUAAAAAAAAAAAUACAUUUAUAUAUAAAAAAAAAAAAAAGAAAACAACUAAAGCAACAAGUUAUACAUAAAAACCAAGUGCUUUGGUGGGGAGGUACGGCAAAACAAAAACAAAUGUACCAGUGGGUUGCUUCAGAAUAGCGUUUCCACAGCAACUAGCACCUUAUUCACCAUGGUUACCCCUACCUUGCCAACGAUGGACUCUAGUAGGGCAUGGCUUACCACAAUAGCUGAUAACAGUGAUGAAGGUGAUAUCUAUUAUAAUAAUGAUGACAAGGACGGACUGCGAGUCGACUGAUGGCCGAAAAGGUUACGCAGCGGCUCACCCACCGGCACGUGAGGUGUUCGAGUACUCGUGUAAAUGUCAUAACGGAUAAAGAAUGGAAAUGUAAUGUUUCAAGCGUGAAAUGUGACGUGAGCAAUUUUACAGACUUGAAGUUUGUUUGUUUUUUAUUUGUGGUUGUUUUUCUUUUUUUAUUAUUAUUAUUAUUACUCCUUUGUUGACUUUGCCGUGGUUUAUAAUUGGUUAUCUUGAGGGGGGGAGAUGGGUUCAAAAGUUGGAGAAUUGGGAGGGUUGAGCCAUAUGUAGACUUGGGCUGCACUCAAGUUAAAUAAUCCUUAAUAAAUCUUUUUAAUAUGAAGACAGUAAAAACAAAAAAAAAAAGAGCUCUGGAAAUGUGCACUGAAAUAUGAACAUUUAUAAAUGCAACACUUCAACGAUACAAACACUCGACUUCAAGGUUUAGUUAUAUCAUGAUGUUUGCUUUUAAGGUGGUCCUUGAACAGUUUGUCUCUUUACUUUAUCUCCUGAAAGAGAUUAUACAUAUGAAGAUGAGUUUACUUAUCAUUAGGAUUGUUACUCAGGCUGUGAAAUGGCUGGCGGCCCUGGAGGGAUCUUUAUGAAAUAUGACUUGCGUAAUGAAUAUGGGCCGCGGCCCGAACAUAUCCAUUUCCUAGACGGAGAUGUCGUUACAGAGUUGCACCAUGGAAAUUGCAAGAUCCAGUACUUUUGGAUCUUGGAAAUAAAAGUUGGGAUAUGUUAGCCUCCGUGACCCUUCUUUUUUUUAGUUUGUUAAGUUUCCAGAUAUAUGAAGGGGGAAGAGUGGCAGAGUAACCUUUUAAAACAAAGUUAAACCAUCAAUAUGCAGUAGAAGAUAUCAUUCUGUAAUAUUAUUCCACUCUAAAGACGGUGUUUUUGACAUUAUUAUAUGAUCGAAGUUGAGGAGAUUUCCUCUAAACCUGUGGGCGGCCCAUAUUUUAAACAAUAGAUUUAUAGAAAUGUAAUAGUUCUUGUCACCAGACAAGAGACGGUGCCUGUGGAAGCAAAUAAGAGUCAUUUCAAUGCAAUGUGAACUCCGGCCCCGGUGUAUAUAUGGCUCGUGGUGGGAGGGCGAGGUAGGAAAGGUUUGGGUUCAGGUGUGGAGCAGGAGGGUUGAAGAGCUGUGUGAGAGGGUUAGUCACUCUUCAAGAGGUUGCACUUAAGAACUUAGACACAAGAGCAAGAGUGCGUAUGAGUGUGAGCGCGAUUGUAAGGGAGCGCAAGUAAUCACUUCAUGGCUGUGAGCAGAAGAUCCUGUCUGUCUGUCUGUCUGUCUGUCUGUGUGUGUGUGUGCGUGAGAGUGAAGACUUCCCUUGUUUCGGGUCUUUCCACGUGCGUGCGGGCGAGAGUGUGUGACUGGUUGUUGUCUGGCAAAACAACAAAAGCAUUUAUUAGUGUUGGAAACAACAAUUACAAUCAUGUUUACCUUCGACUGGAAUGACUUUAAAUGAACUUGAAAAUAAACUGUAAACUGAACAAACCAUAA